AUGGUAUAUUGUUUGGACAGUGAUAAACAGGACCUACCAGUACUAUACUGGUUUGGGGAAAAUAUAAGAGAGAAAUUAAAAAGAAGGAUUUUGGAUUAUGCAGCAGUGUUUGUUGUGGGCAAAGGGAGUAAUGCAUUAGAGCGUGGUAUCUGUGUCCAUAUGGCUGCCUUCAUGGGUAGUAGUGACAUGGACAAAACCCCAAAAGAGAAGGAGUCUAAGACACCUCCAGCUACAUCACAGGAGCAGUCUCCGACAACUGGCUUGGCGACUAUUAAUCCUGACUGGUCUAACUUUCAGACAUAUUCUCCUAUACCUCCACAUGGUUUCUUGGCAUCAAGUCCCCAAGCCCACCCAUAUAUGUGGGGUGUCCAGCAUAUAAUGCCUCCCUAUGGCACCCCACCACAUCCCUAUGUAGCAAUGUAUCCCCAUGGUGGGAUUUAUGCCCAUCCAUCCAUUCCUCCGGGAUCUUAUCCUUUCAGUCCUUUUGCCAUGGCUUCUCCAAAUGGUAUUGCAGAUACUUCUGGAAAUACCCCAGGAAGCAUUGAAGUUGGUGCUAAACCUCCUGAGGUGAAGGAAAAAUUGCCAAUCAAAAGAUCAAAAGGAAGUGCCAGUGGGGGUAGUUUGAAUAUGUGGAUUACAGGAAAAAAUAAUGAACUUGGUAAAACACCAGGAGAAUCUGCUAAUGGGAUUCAUUCCAAAAGUGGUGAGAGUGCAAGUGACGGAACUAGUGAAGGAAGUGACGAGAAUUCCCAUAAUGACUCGCAAUUGAAAUCCGGGGAGAGACAGGACUCUUUUGAAGAUGAACCAUCUCAAAAUGGAAGUUCGGUACAUGCUCCUCAAAAUGGUGUACAUAUUCGACCUCAGACACUAGUUAACCAAACUAUGCCUAUCAUACCCAUGUCUACUGCAAGUGCUCCUGGAGCAGUUCCUGGUCCCACUACUAAUUUAAAUAUAGGAAUGGAUUAUUGGGGCACACCAACUUCAUCCACCAUUCCUGCACUGCAUGGAAAGGUUUCUUCCGCUGCAGUUGCUGGAGGGAUGAUUACUGCUGGGUCACGAGAUGGUGUUCAGUCACAAAUUUGGCUCCAGGACGAAAGAGAACUUAAAAGACAAAGGCGGAAGCAGUCUAAUAGAGAAUCUGCACGCAGAUCCAGGUUACGGAAGCAGGCCGAAUGUGAUGAACUAGCCCAGCGUGCUGAUGCUUUGAAAGAAGAAAAUGCCACUCUCCGAACCGAAGUGAGCAGGAUCAGGAGUAACUACGAGCAGCUACUUUCUGAGAAUGCCUCCCUCAAGGAGAGACUUGGGGAGAUACCUGGUGUUGCUACACCUGGGAACGAGGAUGUUAGGUCUGGCCAAAAUGAUCAGCAUGUUAGUAAUGACACUCAACAAAGUGAUCAAAAAGAGACUGUGCAGGGUGUUCAUUAG